AUGAGGACGCUGCAGCGCAGCACUGAGAGGCAGCGGGUGGCCAACCCCGACGCCUGCUGCGCCACCUCUUCCACCGGCCCCGACGGUGUUUGCGACAGCGCCGCACUGACCCUGGUCAACCGCCGCUGGCGCCGCGUCUUCAACACGUCCACCCUGCUGCACGCCACCCUCAACCUCAACCUCCACCACCUGGAGGCGCAGCUGGGCAGCCAGUGCAGCCCCCCCGAUGACCGCGCGCUGCUGCUGCGCCUGCUGACGCAGCGCGGACGUGCCACGCGCCGCCUGUGGCUACACAGCGAGGGCGUGCAGCUGCGCAUGGCCUCGGUGCUGCAGCUCAUGUCGCCCAAGCUGCAGGCAGUGUACCUGGGGCAGGGCGCGCCAGAUGACUGCCUGGCGCACCUGCACCGCUUCCCCUCGCUGCGCUCGCUCGACCUGCCGGCGGCGGCCGCCUGUGGGGCGCACCUGCUGCUGCCCGCGUUCAGCGGGCUGGAGGAGCUGACGCUGAGGGAGGGCGCGCCGGAGCUGAUGCUCAGCACGCUGGCCGGCCUGCCUCGCCUGCGGCUGCUGUCGCUGACGGUGACUGCUGCGCUUCCGGGCGACAGCCACCGUCAGCUGGCGCAGCUGAGCGCACUGGAGGAGCUGCACCUCUACCUACAGCCCUCCCAGCCCACGCAGUUUGAGUUCCAGCCAGGCGCCCUGGCGGAGCUCAGCCGCCUGCGCUCUGUGCUGAUCAUGGCGCCGGGCUCCCUCAGCGAGUGUCUGGCGCUGGGCCCCGGCCUGCCUCGCCUCACGGCGCUGGAGGAGCUCCAGGUGGAGAGCCGAGUGGAGUCGCUGCCUCCCGACCUCUGGGCCUGCCAGCAGCUGACCCGCCUGGACCUGGACCUGCGAGGGUCGGCCACCCUGCCAGCCCCCGCCACCCCUGGCCCCGCCUGCCUCCCCGCCCUGGCCGAGCUGCGCCUGGCGCGGUGCAGGCUGCCCGGCGGCGUGCUGCCGCCCGCGGUGUGCCAGCUCAGCGGGCUGUGCCGUCUGGAGGUCGUCAAGUGCGGGCUGAGCGGCGGCUGCGCACAGCCAGCGCUGCCCGCCCAGUUCAGCCGGCUGAGCAGCCUGGAGCACCUGAGCCUGGAGGCGAACAUGCUGUGCACGCUGCCCCCCGCCGUGGCGGCGCUGCCCUCCCUGCGCCACCUCGACCUCUCCUGCAACGCCCUGGCCUGGCUGCCCGCGGGCGCCUACCUGCUGCGCCUGGAGACGCUCAUCCUGUCUGCCAACCGCGUGGCCAUGGUGCCGCCGGUGCUGGGCGCCGCCGCCGCCCUCGAGGUGCUGGACCUAAGCGGCAACCUGGGGCUGGAGCUGAGCCUGCACGACGUGCACGCCACCCUGGCCCGCAUGCCCCGCCUCGCGCUCUUCUGCUGCGGCAAGCACGCCGCCUGCGGCCUGGGCAUGCCCAUGCCCAUGCCCGCCGCCGACGCCGCCGACGGCCCCGAGUGGCGCACGCCCUCUGUGGCCGCGCUGGUGGCCCUGGGCCAGGCCCUGCCGCACCUCCAGGUGGACUUUGAGAGGACCGCCAAGGAGUACGAGGGCAUCUGA